CUUUGAAGGCAAAGAUUAUACAAAUGCUCAACUUUCUUAUAAAAAGGAUAACAUGCAUAGUUACAAGGGAAAAAGACAACUAAACGAAACCGAAACAGGUGAAGAACAAAAUUUAGACAAAAAGCCAAGAUAUACAAAUAUAUAUAGAAAACCAAGCAAGCAUAAUUGUGAAAACAAGGAGAACAAACCUAGCUCUAGUACUAGCUUUGAAUCUAUAGUACAACAGAAAAGAAGACUUUCGGUUAUGAAUAUGAAUAGGAAAACAGAAAGUAGCAAUACUUAUAAUACAGGCAAAGCAAAAUUAGCUGAACGCGAAAUUCCAGAAUUGCAGGAAUUUGAUACCAACAACACCGUACCUGUUUCACAGCCACCAAUACAUAUUAAUACUAAGCCUGGAAAAAAAGAAGGCAAGGAGAGGACUAAGCCACAAGCAGACAACUUUACACAGCAUGAGGCGUUGGCAGAGAUCCUUAAAAAGCUUUCAAAAAUUGAAAAAGAUUAUGAAUCAAUUCUCUUAUCGGGGGCAUUAGCUCCCAACCAGAUACAUAAAGAUCAAGAAGAGCUAGAAAGAACAAUAUUAGAACAGAUUAGAAAAGAACACUACUUGGCUU